AGCGCUGCCUUAGCCCCGCCUCGCCGGGCCGCCAUCUUGGCUGGGAGCCGCGGUCGCGCCGCAGUGGGUGGCGAGGGGGUUGCGGCCCUGCUCUGCCCUUGUGGCCGUCCCUUCCUUCCUCCUUCCUUCUCUCCUCUGUUCCUCCCUUCUUCCCCCGCUCCCUUGGCCGCCGGCUGCAGGCAGGCGGGGCGUCCCGGCACCGGAGGGGCCUGCUCUAGCACCGAGAGAUGAGCAACAACAGUAAUAAGAGAGCACCAACAACAGCAACACAGAGACUUAAACAAGACUACCUUCGAAUUAAGAAGGAUCCUGUGCCUUACAUCUGUGCAGAACCCCUCCCAUCUAAUAUCCUUGAAUGGCACUAUGUUGUACGAGGACCUGAGAUGACUCCCUAUGAAGGUGGCUAUUACCAUGGGAAACUAAUAUUCCCCAGAGAAUUUCCUUUUAAACCUCCUAGUAUUUAUAUGAUUACACCUAAUGGAAGGUUUAAGUGUAAUACAAGGUUGUGUCUUUCAAUCACUGAUUUCCACCCGGAUACAUGGAAUCCAGCUUGGUCAGUCUCAACAAUCUUGACGGGCCUUCUUAGCUUUAUGGUGGAAAAGGGCCCCACACUGGGCAGCAUAGAGACAUCAGAGUUCACGAAAAGACAGCUUGCCGCACAGAGCUUAGCGUUUAAUUUAAAAGAUAAAGUCUUCUGUGAGCUCUUCCCUGAAGUGGUGGAGGAGAUUAAACAAAAACAGAAAGCACAAGAAGAACUCAGUAACAGACCUCCAUCCCUCCCUUUACCAGAUGUUGUUCCUGAUGGGGAAGCACACUACGGGCAGAAUGGAAUACCCCUCCUGAAUGGGCAUGUACCGUUGGCACCUGCCAAUCAUCCAGGUCUCCAACAGGCCAACCGUAACCAUGGACUUUUAGGUGGAGCUUUGGCGAACUUGUUUGUUAUAGUUGGUUUUGCAGCCUUUGCCUACACAGUCAAGUAUGUACUGAGAAGCAUAGCCCAAGAAUGAGGAUAGUAAAAGAAAUCCAAGACCAAA